AUGGAUGACCACCCACCCACCCACCCCUGCGCUCCAGGCCGCUGCGGGGCGCAGGCUCCAGACCGUUCGCCUUCUCCCCGCGCAGACCCCUCCGCAGCCUUCCGCCGGGAGGGAACGUGGAGUCGGAGGGGACUAACAUUUGCCUACUGUGUGCCCAACACUCUGCGGAGGACGCUCACGGAGGGAUCCCAGCCUGGGAAUCUCUGCGGGCCGCUGGGGUUCCGGCCUACCUUGCCCUCCGACCUCCGCCUGUUUGAACCCCGCGACCCGCAGCUCCCGCCCCGCCGCCCCCGCACGGCUCCGCGCCCGCGGACAAAGCUCCGGACACCCCGGCCACAGUCGCCACCCCCUGACCCCAGCCCGCUUUCGCCCGCGCCCCGGCCCGCUACGCGUACCUCGGCAUCCCGGCCGGGUCCUAGAUAUCCUUUGAGUGUCUGCUUUGUGUCAGGAUGUGCUAGGCUCUGGCGGAGCUGCCAGUCAGAGGGUAGCCAGAAUCCUGCCACCCACGCACCUCAGCGCUUCAGUGGAACCAAGGGCCUGAAACGAAGGCCACGGAACAGCGCCUGCACUUACGAAGGAAGGUGCAGGGUCUGGAAUUCAUACUGGCCUUGGACUCACUGUGUAGCCCAGGCUGGCCUCGAACUCAUGGUGAUCCGUCCGCCUCAGCCUCCUGAGUGCUGGGAUUAUAGGUGUGGGCCACCACGCCAGCUGGAACUCCGCUUUGAUACCUCCUGAACCACAGCCCACUGCUGUGUGGCCAUCCGGGCAGGAGACCUGGCUGUCCUCAAUCAUCACUUCCUCUGCACUUGGCCUGGCACAGAGCAGAAGUCCGUAGGUGUUUGUUGGGUGGAUUCCCGAGUGAGGGGAUGAUCUAGGGAGGAGGAAAAGAUGGAGUGAAUGCAGCAGGGACUAGAGACGCCAACAAUCUCUGAGGCUCAGUUUCUUCAUCUGUAAAAGAUGGUGAUGAGGCUCUGGCCCCCUUUCUGGCUCCAGUGUGAGUCAGCUGCGAUGGGGCAGGAACCCAGAGGCCACUCCCUGCUGUCUAGGCCUGGCUCCAGGAAUGGGUAGGAGGCGCUGAAAUGACCAGAGUUCCCCUCCCCCACCCCCCGUCCCCCAGAAUUUAUAGAUUCUUCAUUGUCCUGCACAAAGGCCUUCUUGGGAGGGGCGGGGUGGGUGAGGAGACAGGGGAAUUAAAAAGUCAGAGGGUGAGUAACAGCCAGCCACACCCAGGGCCCCAUGAAUCCGCCUGGGCCCCUGUGAGACCACUGACUUGCCCUCAGAGGCUUACAGGGCUCCUGCUGCAGGGACCAGCUCGCCCUGCUCUCAGCCCUGGUGGCAGAGGGAUGGGGGCAUGUGAAUGUGUGAGGGGUGGCUCGCCUUGUGCGAUCUCCGAUCUGACCUCUGCGAGUCCUUCCUCCCAUCUUGCUCCCUGGUGGGUGGUCCGCUGUCGUUCUAGUUCGCUGCUGUUGGUUCUGAGCAGGAAAAUGUACAGUCUGCGGGUGCCUGCUUCUCUGAUGAGAAGGUCCCGAGGCCCAGACUCCAGGAAACAGCCUCCUCCCCCACUCUGGCCCCUUGGGUAGAAUUGACAGAUGGUGCCCUGUUAACAGAUGACAUUGGAAAUCGGAAUUACUCAGCUGCUUGUCCCUCUGUCAUCCCCACGGAAGGGGGUGGCCUGCAAACUGGGAACGACAGUGAACUCUAUUUUGAGGGCUAUAGAGGACAGGGAAGGAGAUGCUCCAGGGCACAGGGGACCAGAACCAGGUACACAGAAGAUCUAACUUGGAAUCUCAUCUCUACCACGUACCAGCCAGGUGACCUAGGUGCAUCCAUCACCGUCUGAGCCUCUGCUCCCUCAUCUGUCAAAUGGGUCCAUGGGAAACUGUCCUACUCUCCUCCCUGGCUUUUAGGAAGAAAAUGGGGUGGUUUGUGCUUAUAAAAUGGGCUUUAAAACUUGUGAAGGAGUAAAAAAUGUAAGAAGUUGCUGAUUAUAAACAAUAAAUGGCAGCCCAUUCGUUGUUCAUAAAAUUA